AUGGAUUUCCCAAAUAAAACUCUUACAUUGCUCGAUGGAACUGAUAUACAAUUAGUUAUUGGACCAAAAAUUCCACCACCAACACAGCACAAUCAGUCUGUGGAUGAUUACUUCAAGAUGAUAAAGGUAUAUGCUACAGUAUUGGAUAUCGACUUAGAAAAUCAAGACCUUAAGGGAACUUUCUUUAAUGGCCUAUCACGAGAUAAUAAAAAAGAAGUAAUUCGAUUCGGCUUUAAAAAGCCUUUGAAUGAAAUUGUCGAUCACUUGAAUAGAAUCUCAUCCAGAUAUACUGAUAUUCAAAAUUUUCAAUUCGGGAAUUUGAGUCAAGAGGAGAGUUCGAUAAUGGAUUUUUACAUGAAAGUAAAAAAAUAUUGUAAAUUAGCUGGACAUAAUGAAGAUCAUCUUAAACAUCAAUUUCUUUGUGGAUUAUCACCCGAGAAUCAGAUAGAAGCUAGAAGAUGUGGAUUGGAACUUCCAUUAGAUGAGCUAGUAGAAAAGCUGAGCACUUUGGAGAAUAUCGAGAAUGGCACAACUAUACAAUAA